AUGGCCGCGUGCCCCGCUAGCCGCGCGCCGUGGCCGCGCCGUCCGGUGGAUGUGCCGCGCGCCGCGCCACUGGCCAUGGCCAGCCCCAGCCGCCCCCGCGUGCAGGCCCUGCCGCGCGAGCUGGCCCGCCCGAGGCCGCCGCCGGCGCGUAUGGCCGGAAUUGUCCACAAGGAGUUUCCUGAGUUGGCCCAGACAGGGCUGAACUACCUGUCAUGGUCCUCGAACUGCGAGAUCUUUCUCCAGGGCAAAACCCUCCUGAGGGCGAUCGGUAAGGGGGCCCAGCUAGCCGUCACUGAUCCCAAGUUCGAGACUGAGAAUGCGCAGUGCUUCUGGCCUUGGACCGCUCUUAAGCAGCGGUUUGAGCGGCUGAAGUACACUGUGAAGCCACGUGCGGAGGCAGAGUGGAUCCGUCUGAGGUUUGCGGACUUCAAGACGGUUGGGGAGUACAAUUCGGCUCUGCACCAGAUUUGUACGACUCUUCGGUUGUGUGGUACUAAGAUUACCGACUCCCAGAAGAUUGAGAAAACCCUAUCCACUUUCCACCCCGACGCGGUUCAGUCCUCACGGAACUACCGCCAGGGGAACUACACGAGGUAUUCAGAGUUGAUUGACGUCCUCCAGGUGGCGGAGGCGCAAGACGAGGUUCUCAAAAAGAACUUUGUCGCGCAACCACUUGGGGGGAGUUCUCGCCAGGAGGUGAACGCUCUCAAAGUCCGCAAGCCUCAACAGAAGAAGAGGGGCCGGAAGGGCAAGAAGAAGGGCCCUCACCCCCCCCCCCGCCCCGGCUAA